AUGGAGCGUUCGUCCUUGUUCUCGAUCUCCAUCAGUUGCCCUGCGCUGAAUCUCAAAGGUACCUGGGUUCUUCAACUUGCAGGGCAGGCUGCAGACCUCGUCAAGCAAUGCCUUUCGCAGUUUCUGGACGUCCUGCGCGGCAGUGGCAUGGUCACAGUCGAGAAGCAGGGAGACCUCUCGGUUGGGCAGGUGCUGAACAUUGACAAACUCCUUUACAAGCGGCUUCAGGAAUGGGAGGAGAAGCUGAAGGCUUGUGACAAGAUCAAGAGCGAGAAGGAGACUUGGCAGCGGCGCGUGAACGACAUGCGCAUCGAGUACAUCCGCGAGAUCGAGAUGUUCCGCCUCAAGCUCCGACGCCUGCAAAAGAACGAGUCGGUGUCAGAUUUGCGCGACAGCUCAAUGAAGAAGUCGAGGAACGCCGCAGCUCAGACGGAGCUCGAGGCGGGUUUGGGAGAGCUCUGCUCAGUGUGGGACAAGGUCUUUGAGAUCCAAGCACGCAUGGAUGCCAUCAACCAGCGCAAUGCAGACUUUGAUAAGGUGGACGCACACCUUAAAGUCCUGCAGGAGCAGGUCCUCGCCCAGGAAGCCCACAUCGUGGCUCUAGAGAAGGCGCUCGUGGAGGUCUCGGGCGCAGCUCUCACGCGCCAAACGGCCCUGGAGCUGGCAAUGCGAGAGGUCCAAGCCUUGGCGUACCUGUCCAGAGAAGGCAGGGACCUGAGCUUGAUUGGCCGCGAUGAGCUCUGCCCGCGGCCCAAGCCGGCGGAGAUCCUCGCGGACCUCGAAGCGGCGAUGACCCGAGAUUCUCAGCAAGUGCUGCAGGCUGCCUUGAAAUGGCGGCCACCAUGGCAGCAGACGUCGCAAAUGGUGAUGGAGGUGAGAGAACUCUUGAACGCACUUGCCGGUGCUUACGACGACUGGGAUAUGGGCGAUGGCAAAUUGCAUCGGGGUGAAGUCUCUGCCGCUGCUGCAGCCUUGCUGGGGCGCGGUGCCUGGCCGGUGCCUCCCAAUGACGCCAGAGUGGAGGACGUCUGGAAUGCCCUGAGCGCUACACAGGACUUGCACGACACGCUGCAAGCCGUUCGGUCGGCCAGUGUCCAUAUGCGCGGCUUCCUCCAGGGCCCUGGCCCCUUCUCUACGGAGUCCACUGCGAAGAUGGUGCCGGAGGUGGCGCAAGGGCUGCAGCGUCUGCGGACAUUGCUGUCGUCGGAGUUGCAGGAGGAGGAGGAGGAGGCACUGGACUCAGUCGGGCCGGUGGAGGGGUCUGACGAGUUGCACGAGGCUGUGGCAGACCAGCUUCAAGACAGAGGUGGAGAUGACUUCCGGCUGGAGGAGAUGUUCGUCCAGCCGGAUAGCCGGACUGACUCUGCGCAGGCCCUUGUUGCUGCGCGACCUAGACCAGGAUCCGCAACAUCAGCAGAGACGCUCGCAACAAGCGAUGAGCCGGCCACCGUCGGAGAAGGAGAAGCUCCCACACGCAACGCGGGCACAAUGACGCCUCCACUCUUUGCGGUGCGAGGUCUCCUGGAAUCCGAGGACGUCGUGUGGACUUCCGUGCCGCUUGGGAAGGCAUCGGCAGUGAGCUGUGUGCAGAUGGCAGGCAAAGAACUUCCAAUGGAGCUUGAUGCCGUGUCUGCCCCGAAGCGACCGCAACGACCGGCUGGAGUUCCAGGAGGCAGAGGAGAGGCAUCGAAUUCGAGUUGGUUUCGACCGAAUACUGGAGAUCUUGGACCGAGCAGAGCGGAACACAGCGAGGCGGAGAGCCAGCACUUUGCCGCCUCAGGUCCUGGCGGGAACUGCGUCAGGGAUCCCCUGGCCCUCGAUCUCCCCUUCGGCCUGGACGCGCAUCG